AACAUCAGCAGCUCCUCCAAACAGCUCCACUCAUUCAAAUGGCUGUUGGCGACAACAUGGAGUAAGGUAACACACACCUAGUGAGCACUCCCGCCCAGAGCUGGAAGCGCUGUGUGGAUGUAAACAGAGCCCAGCCCCACACUCAGAGAGUGGGCAGCCGCAUGGGAGCCCGAGCUUCCGGGGCCUCAGUUCAGGUGAAAGGUGCCGAUGGAGAGUGCGGCGGGGGAGAAGGUGGGCAAGAGCACCUUAAAGACUAACGUGAACAAGGGGAAGCGCAGGAAAUCCUUCUCCGGCAAACUCUUCAGGAGGAGGUCGCUGAGGUCGGUCGGCAGCUUCGUGCGGGGGGUCUUCAAAACUUUGUUUACUUUGGCACCUUUCGGAGAGGUGAACACUGAGGGGGCAACUGGAGGAGGAGGGGGAGAGCGGCAGGAAGAGGAGGAAGAGGAGGAGGAGGACGAUGGAGGCUUCAGGGACGGGCCGGUCACCCUCGCCACUUGCACCGAAGCGGGGAUGGAGAGCCAGGGGGAGGCCGGCGGGGGGAAGAGCCUGCCCCUGCCCCUGCCCAGGGCACAGGCCGGCUCGGUGAGGGAGCGCCUCUCCUGGGGCUCCGGCCAGAAACCCCCCGGUGUCCUGGGCUUGAAGAACCACGGUAACACCUGCUUCAUGAACGCCGUGGUGCAGUGUCUGAGCAACACCGAACUGUUCGCCGAGUACCUGGGCUUGGAGCAGUACCGCUCCGAGCUGAAGCAGCUCCGAGCCAACGGCACCCUCCGCAGUAAGGAGCCACCGUCCCAGCGCAGAGCAGAAGUCACCGAGCAGCUGGCAGCGCUGGUCCGGGCUCUCUGGACCCUCGAGUACACACCGCAGCUCUCAGUGCAGUUCAAGAACAUAGUAGCAAAAUAUGGGUCACAAUUUCGUGGGAAUUCUCAGCACGACGCACUUGAGUUCCUUCUGUGGUUACUGAACAGAGUUCAUGAAGACCUCAAUUGUUCACCCAACAAAAAAUCAAAGCCUUCCAUUAAGCCUUCCAAUGGCGGGGGUGAAAAUUCUACAGGAAGUCACCAAAGCGCACAGCAGGUUGGAAUUCAGAGUUUUGUUCAAGAACUUUUUCAAGCACAGUACAGGUCAUCUUUAACUUGUCCUCACUGCCUUAAGCAAAGCAACACAUUUGAUCCAUUCUUGUGUGUCUCCUUGCCCAUCCCUCUCCGCCAGACCAGGACACUUCACAAGAUUACGAACAUAAAGGGAAAACAACAAUUUAUGCUGCAUGAGAAGAGGGCCUUGAAUGUAACCUUAGUGUUACAGCAUCAAAGGUAUUUCAGGGUAGGCUUGGCAGUCCCGCUCCUUGGAACUGUUGCUGCACUCCGAAAAAUGGUGGCAGAUGAAGGCAAAAUAACUCCAGAUCAGAUAAUUUUAACAGAGGUCUAUGCUCAUGGAUUUGAACGUUCCUUCUCGGAUGAUGAAGACUUAAACAUAAUUGGUGAAGGCGACUGUGUUUACGCAUUUCAGACCCCAUUUGUCCAAGGCAGCUGUGGUGGUCCUACUCGACAGUCAGGGCGUUACCAGAGCAUGUCGGCAUCUUCUUACAAGGCUGCUUCCGAUGGCUUUGAAACAACUCCAGUCGAGUUAAUUCAACAUGGCGCAACUGGCAAAGUGCUUCUUCUCGUCUGCAACUCAGCAGGGACAGGGCAACAAGCUGUCAGGUUUGGUCCACCAUUUUUGGUAAGGGAAGAUCGAUCUUUGAGCUGGGAUCAGCUGCAGCACUGCAUCCUGAACAAAAUGUGCUACCUGAUGAGAAACGAGACCCAUUCACAGAACUUUGGACAUCUGUUCCGAAUACGUGUGACUGGAGGACUGACAACCAAUUGUUACCUCUCUCCUCAAGAUAUUAGACCACUCUGCCAGCCAGCAGUUGAAAGGGCAUUACGUUCCUGUGGCCAUGGUGGGCCCCCACAUAUAAAGCUUGUUUUGGAAUGGGAUCAAAGGACGAAAGAUAGUUUGUUCGGAAGCAUUCAGGAGGAAGUUGUCCAGGACAGAGAGAGUGUUCGGACUCAGCAGCAGGCGCAUCAGCAGGCACACAGCUGUACAUUGGCCGAGUGCUUUGAACUGUAUACAAAGGAGGAACAGUUAGCUCCAGAUGAUGCCUGGCGAUGCCCACAUUGUAAAAAUCUUCAGCAGGGGAUGGUCAAGCUUAAUCUAUGGACUUUGCCUGACAUUCUUAUCAUUCACCUGAAGCGAUUUCGACAGAUGGGAGAGAGAAGAACCAAGCUUUCUACUCUGGUAAAAUUUCCACUAAUUGGCCUCGAUAUGACACCUCAUGUAGCAAAAAGAACUCAGAGCACUAAGAACUUUUUAUCCCACUGGUCACCAUGGCGACGACCACGUACUCCUUCUGGGAGUAAUCACGAAAACUAUAUGUAUGACUUGUAUGCUGUGUGCAACCACCAUGGGAGCAUGCAAGGAGGUCACUAUACAGCAUACUGCAGAAACUCUGUGGAUGGGCAGUGGUAUGAUUAUGAUGACAGCAAUGCAGAGUUGAUUCCAGAAGAAGAGAUUUGUACUCGUGGUGCCUACAUACUCUUUUAUCAAAAAAGGAACACCAUCCCACCAUGGUCAGCCAACAGCUCUGUGGCAGGAUCCACAAGCUCAUCAAUCUCUGAUCAUUGGCUUAACCGACUUACUGGAGACAGCAAACGAGGGAGCUUGGUAUCCCGUGUGUCCACAAAUUGCACAUCCCUCCCUUCAUCUCCGGACUCUCCUGUCUUCCCAGAUAAUCCAAUAAAGGAUAAAAAUGGUGGUUUUGAAAUUCGACCAUUUGUGCGUGGUAUUCAAGGAAGAAGUAUUAGUAUGAAGGGGUCAGCUGCACUGGCUGUACCUAAAGAUGCAGCUGUAAAAAAUGCAACAUUACGUUGGUCAUUGGGAGCCAAGGACAGGCCAAAAUCAAUGCCUGGUGCACUGGUUGAAUAUUUGGAAUCUGGUCGCAGGCCGAGGUGCACAAAAGAGUCCAUUGUACCAAUAAUGACGGGCACCACAGACCCUGACUGUGUGUCAUCAACAGAUAGACCAAAGCAGCCUAAUUCGGAUUGUCAUGUUGAUUGUACAAAGCAGGCAGGAAAAGGAUCAACUGCAGAACAAAGCAUAACUUCCACUGGAAACAGGAAUGGAAAAGCACAUCUUGAGAAAAUGCAUGAUUCUUCAAACAGCCUUCGUAGUAGCCAUAACAAAGAGAAUUCCACAGAUGAAAAGACAAAUACGCUGAGGAGAAAUGGAAAACUAAGAGGCACUGGUACUUCGCAGAGAAAAUCAUCUAAAAUGGCAAUUGACAAGUCUGAAGGGGUAAAAGGACCAUCACUCAUCAAAACAGAUGAACCAACACAACCAAGAGAUGACAGAAUAUGUAAUAGCACCAGUGGACAUUGUAUUGGGUCUAUGAGCAGCUUGGCUCUGAGCGACACUUUAAAGAGAAGAAAAGGAUACCAUGGUAGCAAGAAGCUUGAAAAGUCUCUCUCCUUAAGGAGUACGGAUCUUGAACCAAUGUUGUCACCAAGUCUGCGAGAAACAGAUAAAGGUAGUAAAGCAGAAGAAGCAAAACUAAAUGAGAGAAAGUUUUCAAUUCUGAAAACAAACUUUUUGAAGAAGGACUUUAAAAGACAAAGUGAAUUGGAGAAAUGUUGGACUGCCGAAAAUGUCAAUGUAUCAUCAAACAUAUCUCUGUCCAAUGGGGCUUUGAAUGGUAAGCACAGAGUAGAUUCUCUAAGUGAGAGCAGGGCAAGAGGCGGAGUGAGUGGAACCAAAAACUCUGCCAAAUACAGGGAAGAAUUAAAUAAUGGCAGAAUAAAUGUAGCAGGAGAAGAAAUUAGACGAUCACAGAGUUCAUCAAACAUAAUGAUCAAGGAUGAGUUGACCUUGAAGAGGUCAACUUCACUUCAGAAGACGGGAACAAUCUCCCAACAGGCCAGAAACCUAAAUGUGGAAAGAUAUGGUACAUUGCAGAGGAUGAGAUACAGCACUUCCUCACUGGGAAGGAAAAAACCUGUGCCUGAAUCAAGUUUUUAAAGGUAUUGCAACUGUCAAUGGAUUGAACACAACGAAGUAGUUUUAUAAUUAGCUGCACUAUUUUUUCUGUUACCUGUUUUGCAUUCUUCAAUUAAUAACCAAUAUUUGUAAAUAAUGUUUGAAGUUUUACAGAUAUCUAAGGACAAACAUAAGAUAUAUAGAUUUGUUAACUUUGUGUGUUAUAAGAGCUCAUAACUUUCCUUUUAAAAAUAAUUGGCUCAUUUUAAUCAGUAUGCAAUAAGACUUUAAUGUCGGGGAACCCCAAAAAUAAUGUUAAAAGCCUAUAUAUAUCUCAUAUUAAUGAAUUUUAAUCUCUGCUUUGUUAUAAAACGAUACUUUUGUAAAACAAGAAUUUGAAAUUUGUAUUGUCAAAAAGUUUUAACGGUGUAACCAAAAAUGUUAGUAUUUACAGGGGAAGGUGUACAGUCAUUUUUUUGCUGCCUAAAAUCAAAUGUCAGCUGUUAACAUCUGCUCUGUGUUAAAUUAUCAUUUAUGUAAGGGAACAUGGCACAAGCUUUCAUAUUGAUUAAAAACACUUUUGAGUACCUUCCAA